CAAACUUUCAGACAUGUUUGGUCUUAAACUGGUUCAUCUCCCUUAAUCUCUGUAAUUAUCUCUGCCAAUCGGCGACAGACUCGAAUCAAACCUAAUCUUCUGAAACAAGUUUUCUUAGCUUUUAGUUUUGGACAAAGAUCUUGGGAAUAGCUAUGGCUGCUGCACAUGAUCCAUCAUCAAGAGAAGCCCUUGAGAUGAAAUUUGGUCAGCUGCAAGUGGAUUGUGAUUUACAAGCGGAGCUGCUGGAUAGAGUCAAAUCAGCUGCAGCCAGCUUACACUACUUGAGGUCAAAAGCUACGAUCUUGCCCGUUCCUGGUCUACCACAUGUGUCGCUCAGUGUAGAAGAUGAUGGUUCAGUUUCUGAAGUGGUCAAGGACAUCAUCAGUCUUCUGACUUUUACUGGAACUAGCAAGAACCAAGACUCCUUGGUUACAGAGGAUGGAUCUUCUACUUUGAAGAUGCUCCAGUCCAUACAGAUGGUCUCUGAUGUGCUGGAGUCUCUUCUGAGGAGGGUCACCGCAGCAGAAUCUGAAGUGUCGUUUCAAAAGGAGAGGGUGAUCAUAAGCGAGGAAGAAAAUAGAAGGAAGACAGUCCAAAUCGAGAAUUUGUCAUUGAGGUUAGAAGAGAUGAAACAGAUUGUACAUGAGAAUAAAGAUGUUCUCGACGAGACAGUGGAGAUAAUCAAGAAACUGGUUGAAGAUAGUAGGAAGGAUAGAGAGAAAGCUGUUGAGAAUGAAGAGGAGCUCCGUCGUGUGAAGACAGAGUUUGAGUCGCUUAGAAAUUAUGUUAAUACUUCCACCAAUGUUGUGGAAACACUUCUUUCGUCGGAGAGGCAGUUCCAAACUAUCGAAGCACGGCUGGUUGCCAAGUCUGCACAGCUGGAAGGUGAGAAGGCGCAGAAAGAGGUAGAGGUUCAAAAGCUGAUGGAGGAGAACGUGAAGCUAACCGCUCUUCUUGACAAGAAAGAAGCGCAGCUUCAAGCCUUGAAUGAACAAUGCAAAGUCAUGGCUUUGAAUGGUUCAAACAUCUGAUUCUGCAUCUCUUAUCUCUUGGCAAAAGAGAGGAUAUCAUUGGACGUAGCAGCCGUACUUAAUUUGCUAAUGGCCUUAUGGGAUUCUUAUGUAUGACAUUCUGGUAACUAUGUACAAUCAUGGCUUUGAAUAAGCAAGUAAAAGUUGAUCCGUUUGGCUA